AGGAACGAGCUGUGCGUGGCGGUGCAGCGCUGCACGGACCUGCAGAGCUCCAGCUCCUCCCCGCCCAGCCCGUACGUGGUCUACAAGUUCUACGAGUUCCUGGACCACCCCACGGCCACGGCCCCCCCCUGCUGGAGCCCCCGCCUGGAGGACCGGAGGCUCUUCCCUGUGCUGAUGGACGCCGAGCUGCACCGCUACCUGCAGAGCAAGGAGCUGCUGCUCUACGUGUUCGACUACAACGAGCAGCGCAUGGACACCUACCUGGGGAAGACCCGGGUCCCUCUGCUGCCCCUGAGCCGGGACCAGGGGGUCUCCGGGCUGUUUGAGCUGAGAGACCCCUCUGGUCUCCCCUCCGGACAUAUCGAGGUGACGCUGCAGUGGAGCUCCUCCUACCUUCCUCCACCAGAGAGCAGACCUCCUCCAGAGAGCAGACCUCCUCCAGAGAGCAGACCUCCUCCAGAGAGCAGACCUCCUCCAGAGCUCAGACCUCCUCCAGAGAGCAGACCUCCAGAGGAAGAGGAGGAAGUUGGAGACGUGGAAAAGGCUCUGCAGGAGGAGGAGAAACUUCCUCCCCCCUCCCCCAUCCCCCUCCCAAAGGUCUAUGCGUCUAAGGCCCCGCUGCCCAAACUCAGGCUGAGGACACGAUUAAAGGACGGACCACCGGCCAAAAAGGUCUCCUUCAUAGAUCCCUCUGACACAGAACAGGUUUUGUCAGCAGCGACUCCACCUGCAGAAGAAGAGGAGGAGGAAGAGGAGGAAGAGGAGGAAGAGGAGGAUGAGGAGGAGUCUCAUGUGUCGGAGGGUCAGCUGGUCCCAGUCAGCUCCCAGUCUCUCUCCUCUGACUCUGAGAUGUCGGAGGAGACCCUGCAGGGUGAGGAAAUGCUGCAGAGGAGGAGUCCAGUGAUGACUGCAUCGUGGGGGGGGGGCAGCGUGGGGAGGAAGGCCUCUGAGCGCCUGCGGGUGGAGGUGGUGUCUCUGAGCUUGUCUCCGGGGUCUCGGGUGUGUUUGGACCGCAGCCUUCAGCGUCUCUUUGUAGAGUUCAGUCUGCUGGACCUCCCCACAGAGGAGACCCCGCUGUCCCUCCCCAAGCCUCCCCCAGGGAGCAGCAUCAACUUCAACUACAGCAAGGUGGUUCCUGUGGAUGCCCAGCAGCACAGGUUGAGGCGGCGCCUGCUGAGGGGGGUCCUGAAGGGAAGACUGCCCCACAUGGAGAGGAUCCGGUUCAUGGUGGUGAGCGAGCCCCCGGAGGAGGAGGAGCAGGAGAGAGAGUGUGAGGAGGUCGGGGUCGCCUUCAUCAGGAUCCCCGAAAUCACAGAGACACACAGCGAGCUGCUGGAGAGGAGGCUGCAGGUGUUGGACAUGGGGAGUGAGGAGGUAGGCACGCUGACGGUUUCUGUGGAGGGACUGGAGGCUCUGCAGGCCAUCAUGGAGGAGGAGGAGGAAGAGGAUGCUCAGUGAGGAAGAAGAGGAGGAGGAAGAGCAGCUCCUCCCUGCUCGUCAUCAUGAGGCGACAGCACAGACCAGUCAGCGGGUCAAACUGAAACUGGUUGUGUAGAUUUGUAAAUGUUUUUAAUACGAAGAGAAAAAGAGUGUUUGUUUCUCAGUCAGUUGUUUCUUUGACGGUCAAUAAAGUAAAAUGAAAACCA